GAGCAGUGACCCGGCCCCUGCACACUUCCUCACCGGCCGGGCCCUGCCUGCCUCACCGGGACAAGGACAGAGAAGCCAUUGCGAGGCUGCUCAUGUACCCCCAUCCCACCACCCUCCUGGGCCUGGUGCUCUGUCUGGGCCAGACGAUCUACACGCAGGAGGGGGCCCUGCCCAAGCCCUCCCUCAGGGCUGAGCCAGGCCCGGUGAUCCCCCGGGGACAGCCUGUGACCUUCGUGUGCCGGGGCCCAGCUGGGGCUGAGUUAUUCCGCCUGGAGAAGGAAGGAAGCCGAGUAGGCCCUGAUCAGAAAAGUGCGCCUCAAGAUGGUUCUCAGGGCACAGAGGCCAGAUUCCACAUCCCCGCUGUGAGUGAGGACUCUGCUGGGCGUUAUCAAUGCUUCUAUGCACAUGUGUAUGACUGGUCUGAGCGCAGUGAGCCCGUGCAGCUGCAGGUGACAGAGGAGGACGUCUCCACUCCGCCCUCAGGGGCCCUGCCCAAGCCCUCCCUCAGGGCCGAGCCAGGCCCUGCGAUCCCCCGGGGACGGCCCGUGACCUUCGUGUGCAGUUCCCUGGUAUGGACUCUCCAAUUCCGCCUGGAGAAGGAUGGAAGUUCUGUACCCCUUGGUAUAAAACCUGGGUCUCAAGAUGGUACUCAAGGAUUAGAGGCCAGAUUCCACAUCCCCGCUGUGAGUGAAGACACUGCUGGGCGUUAUCGCUGCCUCUAUGCACAUGUGUAUGGCUGGUCUGAGCGCAGUGAGCCCCUGCAGCUGCAGGUGACAGAGGAGGACGUCUCCACUCCGCCCUCAGGGGCCCUGCCCAAGCCCUCCCUCACGGCCCAGCCAGGCCCGGUGAUCCCCCGGGGACAGCCUGUGACCUUCGUGUGCCGGGGCCCAGCUGGGGCUGAGUUAUUCCACCUGUGGAAGGAUGGAAGUGCUGUACCCCUUGGUAUAAAACCUGGGUAUCCAGAUGGUACUCAAGGAUUAGAGGCCAGCUUCGUCAUCCCCGCUGUGCAGGAAGGCUCUUACCGCUGCUCCUAUUACCAUGUGUCCCGCAUGUCUGAGCGCAGUGAGCCCCUGCAGCUGCAGGUGACAGAGGAGGACGUCUCCGCUCCGCCCUCAGGGGCCUUGCCCAAGCCCUCCCUCAGGGCCGAGCCAGGCCCGGUGAUUCCCCGGGGACAGGCUGUGACCUUCGUGUGCAGGGGCGCAACUGGGGCUGAGUUUUUCUACCUGGAGAAGGAUAGAAUACCUGUACCACCUGAACAGAUAAGUGCGCCUCAAGAUGGUUCGCAGGGGAAGGAGGCCAGAUUCCACAUCCCCGCUGUGAGUGAAGACACUGCUGGGCGUUAUCAAUGCGUCUAUCAAAAAGGGUCCGGCUGGUCUCAGCUCAGUGAGCCCCUGCAGCUGCAGGUGACAGAGGAGGACGUCUCCACUCCGCCCUCAGGGGCCCUGCCCAAGCCCUCCCUCAGGGCCCAGCCAGGCCCUGUGAUCCCCCGGGGACGGCCUGUGACCUUCGUGUGCCAGGGCCCAGCUGGGGCUGAGUUUUUCUACCUGGAGAAAGAUGGAAUACCUGUACCACCUGAUCAGAUAAGUGCGCCUCAAGAUGGUUCGCAGGGGAGAGAGGGCAGAUUCCACAUCCCCGCUGUGAGUGAGGACUCUGCUGGGCGUUAUCAAUGUGUCUAUGAACAUGUGUAUGGCUAUUCUGAGCUCAGUGAGCCCCUGCAGCUGCAGGUGACAGAGGAGGACGUCUCCACUCGGCCCUCAGGGGCCCUGCCCAAGCCCUCCCUCAGGGCCCAGCCAGGCCCUGUGAUCCCCCGGGGACGUCCUGUGACUUUCUUGUGCCGGGGGCCAGCUGGGGCUGGGUUUUUCCACCUGGAGAAGGAUGGAAGACCCGUACGCCUUGAUCAGAAAAGUGCUUCUCAAGAUGGUACUCAAGGAACAGAGGCCAGAUUCCACAUCCCUUUCGUGCUUGAAGACACUGCCGGGUAUUACCAGUGCUUCUAUCACCAAGGGUCUGACUGGUCUGAGCGCAGUGAGCCUGUGCAGCUGCAGGUGACAGAGGAGGACGUCUCCACUCGGUCCUCAGGAGCACUGCCCAAGCCUUCCCUCAGGGUGGAGCUAGGCCCUCUGCUCCCCUGGGGACGGCCUGUGACCCUCGAGUGCCGGGGCCCAGCUGGGGCUGAGUUUUUCUACCUGGAGAAAGAUGGAAUACCUGUACUCCUUGAUCAGAUAAGUGCGCCUCAAAAUGGCUCGCAGGGGACAGAGGCCAGAUUCCAAAUCCCCGCAGUGAGUGACAACACUGCUGGGCGUUAUCAAUGCUUCUAUGCACAUGUGUAUGGCUGGUCUGAGCGCAGUGAGCCUGUGCAGCUGCAGGUGACAGAGGAGGACGUCUCCGCUCCGCCCUCAGGCCCCGCCUCCCGGGACUACACGGUGGAGAACAGCAUCCGCCUGGGCCUGGCGGGCGUGGCCUUGCUGAUCCUGGUGGCGAUUCUGGUGGAAGCUGGGCUCAGCCAGAGCCAGGCCCCACAGGGACCACAGAAAUAAACACCAGGGAGCCCCCCAGAGAGAGAGGGCACCCCAGAAGGGAGCUCUCUGAGGGCCCCGAGGCUCACGCUGGUGCCCAGGAAACCAGAGCCACCCCCGCUGUUGUUCAAGGACAAGAAAACCCAGGUCCACGUGGGUUAGGAUGCUUGGCCUCAACCUCUCAUUCUCCCAGGACCAUUGAGAGGAGUCAGCAUGAUUGACAAGCAGGCAGACAGGGCAGUGCCCCAGGGGAAACAAGGGAAAAUGGUGGCACAGCCACGUGAGCCAACCUAACCAGGGAAUCCUACCACCCAGAAAUAACAGAAUGAUUUUAGACUCAGAGGGGAGGCACGGGAACUAGGGAGGGGCUGCAACAAUAAGAUGAGCUAAGGCAGAGAAACCUGGAAGGUUCAGGUCUGCGUCUGGGCAAGAGCAAUUGAGGGAAUCAAUCAGGUGGCCACAGGGGGAGAUAGAGAGCAGGUUUGUAGCAAAUAUAUACCCCUAGACCACAGGCUUCAGUGAAUACUAUUACUGAGCCCUCUCCCCAUGUGGGAGUCUCAAUCUGCUUGCAAUAAAUUUUCCACACUUUUGCUUCAA